CAGAGGUCCACCAUGUCUUACCUCCCAACUACUACCUACACCUCACCCAGAGGUCCACCAUGUCUUACCUCCCAACUACUACCUACACCUCACCCAGAGGUCCACCAUGUCUUAACUCCCAACUACUACCUACACCUCACCCAAAGGUCCACCAUGUCUUAACUCCCAACUACUACCUACACCUCACCGAGGUCCACCAUGUCUUAACUCCCAACUACUACCUACACCUCACCCAGAGGUCCACCAUGUCUUACCUCCCAACUACUACCUACACCUCACCCAGAGGUCCACCAUGUCUUACCUCCCAACUACUACCUACACCUCACCCAGAGGUCCACCAUGUCUUAACUCCCAACUACUACCUACACCUCACCGAGGUCCACCAUGUCUUAACUCCCAACUACUACCUACACUUCACCCAGAGGUCCACCAUGUCUUACCUCCCAACUACUACCUACACCUCACCGAGGUCCACCAUGUCUUAACUCCCAACUACUACCUACUCCUCACCCAGAGGUCCACCAUGUCUUACCUCCCAACUACUACCUACACCUCACCCAGAGGUCCACCAUGUCUUACCUCCCAACUACACCUCACCCAGAGGUUUACCAUGUCUUACCUCCCAACUACUACCUACACCUCACCCAGAGGUCCACCAUGUCUUACCUCCCAACUACACCUCACCCAGAGGUUCACCAUGUCUUACCUCCCAACUAAUACCUACACCUCACCCAGAGGUCCACCAUGUCUUACCUCCCAACUACUACCUACACCUCACCCAGAGGUCCACCAUGUCUUACCUCCCAACUACUACCUACACCUCACCCAGAGGUCCACCAUGUCUUACCUCCCAACUACUACCUACACCUCACCCAGAGGUUCACCAUGUCUUACCUCCCAACUACUACCUACACCUCACCGAGAUCGACCAUGUCUUAACUCCCAACUACUACCUACACUUCACCCAGAGGUCCACCAUGUCUUACCUCCCAACUACUACCUACACCUCACCGAGGUCCACCAUGUCUUAACUCCCAACUACUACCUACUCCUCACCCAGAGGUCCACCAUGUCUUACCUCCCAACUACUACCUACACCUCACCCAGAGGUCCACCAUGUCUUACCUCCCAACUACACCUCACCCAGAGGUUUACCAUGUCUUACCUCCCAACUACUACCUACACCUCACCCAGAGGUCCACCAUGUCUUACCUCCCAACUACUACCUACACCUCACCCAGAGGUCCACCAUGUCUUACCUCCCAACUACUACCUACACCUCACCCAGAGGUCCACCAUGUCUUACCUCCCAACUACUACCUACACCUCACCCAGAGGUCCACCAUGUCUUAACUCCCAACUACUACCUACACCUCACCCAAAGGUCCACCAUGUCUUAACUCCCAACUACUACCUACACUUCACCCAGAGGUCCACCAUGUCUUACCUCCCAACUACUACCUACACCUCACCGAGGUCCACCAUGUCUUAA